AUGACGGAACAGGAGCACAAAGUCUACCGUCAUGCUGAUGCUGAUGGCCACUUUCGGCGGAAGGAUUCGGUUUUCCGUUCAAUUGUUUCCAGCGAUCCCACGGCUGAAUUCCCUGCUGAGAAAGACCGCUACAUCUUAUACUUGGGUUACGGCUGCCCAUGGGUGCAUAGGCCUAACAUAGUUCGAUCGCUGAAGGGCCUGGAGGAGAUUAUCCCACUGGUGGUUUUGGAUCCCGAGCUGGGGGCCGAUGGAUGGUUCUUCUCAGAUCUACAGUUAUAUUUCAAGGCAGACCCGGCGUACGAAGGGCGGUACACUAUUCCGGUGUUGUGGGACAAGAAGGAGACGAUCGUGAACAAUAAGAGUAGUGAGAUAAUGCGGAUGUUCUAUACCGAAUUGGACCAUCUACUUCCGGAUGACCUGCGCGAGGUCAACAAGCCGGGUGGGGGAUUCUACCCUCUGUAUUUAAGAAAUGAUAUUGAUGAGAUGAAUAAAUGGACCGGAUUCGCAACAACUCAGGUGGCAUACGAGGGAAAUCUUUAUCCGCUGUUUGAGGCGCUGGAUCGCAUCAAAACCCACCUGCACAGCAAAGACACCAACCUGUUCGGAGAGCACAUAACUGAGACCGAUAUCCGGUUGUACACGACCGUUGCCCGGUUUGAUGUAGCCUAUUAUCUCAUAUUCCGAUUGGCAAUGGGCAAGCGAACGGGCAGUUCGCAGAUAAUUGUCCCUGCUGGCCCGCUGCCAAAUACCUUGCCACUAGAGGACUCAUAG